AGGGCAGUAGGCAAAGAAAAUAAAAAAAGGAAACAGAAUAUGACUAUUUCCAAAGCCCCACUUUUUCUUAUGCUGUGCACAGUAUUACUACCUGGGAAUGUGGAAAAUGUCGCUGAGAUAUGCAGGGGGGCUCACUGUUACGGCGCGGAGACCGAAAACGCCAGACCCUGUUCCGGGACUCACUGCUCGGGGCGAUUAAGACCUCGGCCGUACGGAUCGGCAACGCAAGGCAGGUCGGCACAGCCUGUCCCAGCCCUGCACGGCGCCCAUCCACUCUUCCCGUCAAGGACGACUGCGGGUCCCAACACCAUUCCCCACUCGCCACGUGGAGGCAGCGAGAAGACGAGGAGCGGGGCCGCGGACGGCAGUUCAGGAUGCACGGGCACGGACUGCGUCUCCCCGGCUUGGCCAACCAGCAACGACACCCGGGAGUGCAAGGGGAUUGAAUGUAAACUACCCGUGAGGAUGCGGCUGAAGCCCCGACCUACUAAAGCGCACCAGUGCGUGGGCGAAAGUUGUCCCGGUGAUGCCCACGGCCAGCCCAGUCCGGUGCACAUCGCGGACAGGGCUGCCCAGUUUCUCGGGGAGUUCACUGACUUCGGAUAUCCUCCGUCGGAAUUUGGAGGAGCUCCCCUGGGUGUUCAGCUCACGUGCGAUAUUAAACCAGGAGAGAAUGAGGUUCCCUCAGAAGACGCUCUCAUUCUCCAGCUGCAACUGGCCAAAGGGCAGGAGAAGUUUGUAGAAGCCUUAAAAAGCCAGCAAAAGGUGCUCGCAGACUUGCAGCAGAGACUUACUCAUCAGCAGAGCGCACUUCUCAGCCAGCAAAGGGAAAUCCUGGAGCAGCAGAGGAAAAUGUACGAGCAGAUGGAUCUCGUGAAGGUGCAGUACAGCAUGCUCUUCGAGGCGGUCAAGCAGAUGUCUUUCCAGAGCCUGCAGGAAGACAUCCAGAGCUAUUUUGAAAGCCACCUCCAGGGACUUCAAAAUCAGGUCAGGAACCACCUCCAGAAGUCCUAUGCUGUGCACAAGGUCGAAGUUGACGCCAAAGUCAUCGACGUGGGAACAUCUGUGCUAGAGUGUGGUGCUUGCGGAGCAGAAGAGUACUGCAACUUUCAGAGCAACCCCCCCCAGUGUGAGAAAUGCACCAUGUGCCCACCUGGCUUCUUCUUAGUGUCUGACUGCUCCUUGAAUGCUGACCGGGUUUGCCAGGACAGAGACGAAUGCCUUGAAUUGCCAAACUUGUGUGGAGAGCGAGUCAAAUGUCUAAACACUCCAGGUGGAUUCAGGUGCCUCGGCACCUCUGACAGAGAAGCUGUCGCUGGAGUGUGCGGACAUGCCCACUUCUUCAACAGGGACCUUCAGGAAUGUCAGGCAUGUGCAGACUGUGAAGGACAAGCAGUGGCCUUUCCCUGUUCCGCGGUGAGCGACACGGUGUGCACUACGCUGUCCGAGAACAAGCUUUCCGACUCCUGGUCCGCACUGGUCGCCGUGCCUUCGGCCCAGUCCACACCCAGCCGCAUCUUCCCAGGCCUGUACCUGGACAUUGAGGGCCAAGAGCAGACUGACUUCGUUUCCAGUGAAGACGGCAGACUGAUAUUUCAACAGCACGGGCUCAUAUGGGCGGAUCACAACUUCGCGCUCAAGCACAGCUGCAGGAACUUCCUCCAGCUCUCCAUGAGGCUGAAUAACAGCGAGGAAGGGUUCGACCUCAGCGGCGUCCGGAUUGAGCAACCCGACGGCAAGCCCUUUCAGAGCGUCAGCGUCAGCAGCACAGCUGAAGUGGAGCCCAACUACACGCUGUCGCUGUUUCUGAAAAGCCCCAACCAGUACUGCAAUCAGAGCAAGGACCUGCAUGUGUACGAUCUCAACACACCCUUCAGUAUGCUUUGGCUGUCUCAUGACACAGGCGCGGUUGCAAUGAUAGCACAGAUGGCGAUGUCAGUGCAGUAUCAGACCAACUACCGGCCCGCCUUCAGAGUGAUUUCAGUUUCGGACACCUACAUGAUCAGCCUGUCACACGACAGCAGGGCGGUGCGGUUCACCGAGAGCGGGGUGGUGAAGUUCGUUUUCCAACAGGCGCUGUACUCCAUGGGUCACAGCUGUGUCCGGGAAGGUUUCUCCUUGGUUUCUUAUCUGAACAGGAAUGGGACCAACAGCGAGCUAAUGCAAGUGUUCAAACCUGGAGUGAACUACAGAGACACGUCGAUCUCCUUGUCGGGAGCAGCGAAGGUCAGCGGCGGGGACACGCUCAGCUUUGAAAUCCUUUCCCCCGCGCAUUGUAAUAUCAGAUACUUUGGCGACAACUCUGGCAUCAGCACGCUGAGCCUCAUAUGGAUUCCAUCUGCAGUCUCCACGGCCCUUUCCGCGACUGUCUGCAGAGCCGGAUUGCCGACAGGUGCGGUUAGGAACAAAGUGCUGUGCUUCCAGCAGGUCACGCCCAACGAGGAACAGGUUCAGCUCAUCGCUUCUGGGCAGUUCGCCCGGAAAUAUUUCGUUUUCAGGGCGAGUGGGGUGGCCAGCCUGACCUUCCACUUAAAGAUGAUCCACUCCUGCAACGUCGUCAAGCUCACGCUCCAUCGCCAGCUGAGCGACCAGGUGCAGCCCCGGCCUCUCGCGCAGCAGAUCGGGGGGCAGAUGCCCGAGGGGAGCGAGUGGUCGAGCGUCAGUCUCCGCGCGUCCUUCGGCGUUCGGAAUGGCACGAUGAUUUACAUCACCCUGGACUGCACCCGCGGCAGGAUCAACCAGAUAACUCAUGAACGGGGCACCGAUCUGUCUCUUCUGUGGGUGUCGUCAUGAAGUCAGGGAAGCUCUUGCACACUCCCUCGACGAAACGAAGUUUUGCCUUGAAAUUAAACGGCUUCUUGAAACGCAAGUGGAUGAGGCACUCGUUUCGUAGACGUGUUUCCACCAAAACCAUUAAAGGAAAAGCCUGAGGCUUGGGUCUCCUACAGGUAACAAAAACUGUAAUUACACAACGUAUGGUGCUGAAAAAUAUAUGCUUGCAUAUUUUAUGGACUGAGGUGUUGUCUGUAUUUUGCAUUUCCAUUUUUGUGCCUUAUUUCUACGGGUGAAAUGUUCCUCUUGGGCAGUGGUUCCCACUCCUGGUCCCGGUGACCAACACAGCUGUCAGGUUUCUGUUCCAGCCGAGCCCUCAGUGACACAAUCAUAUACUUCAUAGCCUGAAUAAAAAGUUUCAUUUGAACUGCUUGUUCCCAGCUCUUGGAGAGGUUGGAAUUUGAAGUUGAAAUUUGCAAGUGAAAUAAAAUCCCAAACUUGUGACUUGAAACAAAAUGCAAACAUUCAUUUUUAGCACCUUCUUAGAUCAAGUAAGGCUUCAAUGAUCUAAAGACGAUGGGAGCGAAUGAAAAGCAGCAGGUGUGUGGGUCACCAGGACCAGGCUUGGGCACCACUGCUCUAGAGGAAUGUACAGUAUUGCAACAAAAACAACAUUUGCUACCUUUAAGUUGAAGAUUUUACUGAAGUACUGAUUCUUUCAAGUACUUGAGCUGGUUGGAAAAUGACCAAUUCUCCCUAAGGGAAAGUGAAGUUAAAUGCUGAUUUUUAUCUUCCACAUUGCAGGGCUUAUUAUGACAUUUGUUUUGCUGCUGCUCUAUUGGCAAUAGAUUUAUAAGGCAAAAUGCACAUUUACUGUAUGUAGGCAUUGUAAUGUACGCAGAAGAAAAAAAAAACCAUCAGCUUAUAAUGACAUAAUUUCAGUUGUGUUUUUGUGUAUUUACUGUGUGUUGAUAUCGCAUUUACAAUGUGCUGUAUAUUGUGCAGUCACUUACACCAAUAAAUGGAAUGACUUAUCUCUUCCCUGGGAUGACAGAUGAGUUCACAGCCACUGAAGAGAGAGCUUGUUGUAUGUACACUGAGCAGAAGAUUAGCACAACAGAAAGAAAUGAAAACUUUUUGAUCAAUAAGUAAAGUAAUCCAGAAAU